UCAUCUUAUAUUGAAAAAAUGUGUCGUCUGCUUAACGUUAACAAUGUGAAAUUUCAGCAUUCUCUUUUCUUUUCUUUUUUUUUUCCCCCGAUCAAUGAAUGCUUCUGUUAUCAGCUAUUCUGAUAUAUAUAUAUCAAUUUUUAUAAAUUUCUGAUAUCUAUGUAUAAAUUUUUAUAUGGUACGUUAACCUUGUCGGAUCGCCUGUGUUUCUCGAUUUAAGGAAUUCAGUGUUCUCCAAUAAUGUUACAUUCAAAACGGGAGAAAAAAUGGGAAAGUCCAAAAGAAGCAUUAAGCAAACUUUUGGCGAAUCUCUUUGCCGAUACAGGUAUUGAUAUGCCUAAUGAUGUGCCAUCUAAAUGGGAGAAGCAUGGAGAUCUAAUUCUUCUUCCUAGUUCAAGUUUUCAGCAUCCCAUAUGGGCAAAUUUUGGAAACAGCCUUUGGGAUGUAGUUUCAGCUGCAUUAAAAUGUAACAAAAUUGCUAGAAAAUAUAAAGUACAAAAUAAUGAUUUCAGAAGUCCACAGGUUGAUCUUCUAAAAGGCUCUGAUGGCUGGGUUACUCAUGUAGACAAUAAGAUAAAGUACACAUAUGAUGUUACAAAAUGCAUGUUUAGUGCUGGAAAUAUAUCCGAGAAACUUCGUAUAUCAAACUUUUCUUGUGAAGGUGAAACUAUAGUAGAUUUAUAUGCUGGUAUCGGCUAUUUCACUCUACCAUUUUUAAUCCAUGCAAAAGCAGCUGUAGUUCAUGCCUGUGAAUGGAAUCCAUAUGCUGUUGAAGCAUUAGAAAAGAACCUUAUAAUAAAUGGAGUGCAAAAAAAAUGUGUGAUCCAUUUUGGAGAUAACAGAGAGGUUUGCCCUGAAAAAGUGGCUGAUAGAAUAAAUCUAGGACUUAUACCUUCUUCAGAAAGAGGAUGGCCAACUGCUGCCAGAGCUUUAAAACCUAGUGGAGGAAUUCUGCAUGUUCACGGUAACGUCACUUCUAAUCUGGGUAAUACGCUACAACCCAUCAAAAGUCCCAAAGAAGGAAACUUCUUAAAACCAGAAUGGGUAAAGUGGUCUGAAAGUGUUUGUUCAACAUUCCAAAAUAUUUUUCUUGAUAUAUAUGAAACAGACUGGAAUGUUAAAGUACUAAAUAUCACCAGAAUAAAGUCGUAUGCUCCACAUAUUGAUCAUCUCGUGGCUGAUAUAAAGUGUACACCACAGAAUGUGAAAUAAAGACUUUUUUUAUAA